AUGGCACAUUCAACUAUUCCUGAAACAGCCUCUUCACCUGCACCAUCUCAGGCCACUCGGCCUGCAUCCCAACAAUCUACUUGCAUUAUAACUCCUGUCAAGACUCAUGGGAAAUAUAUCCCAAGUCAAAACACUCGCCGAUCUCAUCCAAAAGAUAAGCAACAAGACUCUGAAUCCGACGCAAGUUUAACCCAGGCAACUCCCCGCCGAAAGAAUCGCAAGCAAGUCUCCUCAUCAUCCACCCAUAAUCUUCCACGUGGAUCAACAGCCGCCUCCAAGUCCAAACACAAGAAACACAACAAGACAACCAAAAACUCAAAUUUGGACCCCAACACUUCGUCUGAACCAGACAAGGACAUAGAUGGUAUGGAUCUCGCGCAGGACUCAGGAAAGGAGAACAAAAAGGCCAAGAAGACCCAAGGGGCUAGGAUCACUGAAUUUGACAACAUUGACCUAUAUUUUGGUCCUCCACAAUACGGACCAGAGGAGAAGACAAAAUUGGCUACUUGCGCUUCUGGUGAUUACGGUGAUUAA